AUGGAUUCAUCUCCAUCAAAAAAACUUCCUCAUCAUCGUUUAAAUUCUUAUAAAUAUCAUGGAAAAGAUUCUGAUGAACUUCGACGUCGACGAAAUCAAUAUAAUGUUUCACUUCGAAAAAAUAAACGUGAGGAACAAAUACAAGUCAAACGUAAUUUUCGUGCUGAUGAUAGUAUGUCCGAUAAAUCUGAUGAUGAUCAUGAACAAAAUCAAAUUUUUAAUCUUGAUGAUCUUGCUAUAAAAGCUAAAAGUGAAGAUCCAACAAUACGUUUUGAAGCUAUACGUUCAGCACGAAAACUUUUAUCUAUUGAUCGUAAUCCACCAAUUGAUGAAUUAAUUAGAUUUAAUUUUUUACCUAUAUUUGUUCAUUAUUUAACAUAUGAUCAACAUCCUGAUUUACAAUUUGAAGCUGCAUGGGCAUUAACAAAUAUAGCAUCAGGUAAUUCACAUCAAACACAAGCUGUUGCUGAUGCAAAUGCAUUACCAUAUUUAUUACGUCUUUUACAUUCACCACAUCCAAAUGUAUGUGAACAAGCUGUUUGGGCCUUGGGAAAUCUUAUUGGUGAUGGUCCAACAUUACGUGAUUAUGCUAUAGAAUUAGGUGUUAUAAAACCAUUAGUUGAAUUUAUUCAAAAAGAUAUUCCUGUUACAUUUCUUCGAAACGUAACAUGGGUUAUUGUUAAUCUUUGUCGUCAUAAAGAACCACCAUUAUCUUUAAUUGCUGUACAAGAAAUUUUACCAGCUUUAAAUUAUUUAAUUGCAUAUACAGAUAUAACUAUUCUUGUAGAUUGUACAUGGGCAUUAGCUUAUCUACUUGAUUGUGGAAAUAAUAUGAUACAAAUUAUUAUUGAUUCAGGUGUGAUACCACAAAUUAUUAAAUUAUUAAAUCAUAAUGAAUUAAAAAUUGUUACAGCUGCAUUGAGAGCAAUUGGAAAUGUUGUUACAGGUACUGAUGAACAAACACAAUUCGUUCUUAAUCAUGGAGCACUUGCUUAUUUUCCCAAAUUACUCAAACAUCAAAAAGAUAAACUUAAUAAAGAAGCUGUUUGGUUUCUAUCAAAUAUAACAGCUGGUAAUCAACAACAAGUUCAAGCAGUAAUUGAUGCACAAUUAAUUCCCGACGUUAUUCAUCAUUUACAAUAUAGUGAAAUUCAAACACAAAAAGAAGCUGCUUGGUGUAUGUCAAAUUUAACAAUGAGUGGUUCAAAACAACAAAUUCAGUAUAUAGUUACACAACAUGUUAUACCUCCUCUUUGUAAUUUAUUAGUACAACAAGAUACUCAAAUCUUACAAGUGUGUCUUGAUGCUAUUCAUAAUAUACUUAAACAAACAUCAGAAGAAAAUCUUGAAGCUAUUAUAACAGAAAUUGAAGAAUGUGGAGGUCUUGAUAAAAUUGAAAAUUUACAAACACAUUCAAAUGGUGAUAUAUAUCAACAAUCAUAUGAAAUAAUUGAAAAAUUCUUUUCAAAUGAAGCUGAUGAUGAAGAUAUUUCAUCAAUGAAUCAAGCACCAACAUUACUAAAUUCUAGUAAUGAAUUUUCAUUUGGAAAUAUGAACACAAAUCAAGCUGUACCUGAUAAUAAUAAUGAAAAUAAUGCACAUUUUCAGUUCUAA